AUGUUUCCUCUUCGGUGUCGUCUUCCUGGAAAACUCCAACAAACGAAUAAAUUGUUAAACCAAAUAUCCACUUGUUCUACUUGGAGUUCCAUCUCGAAGAAGGCUGAAUCAACUGUCGGUUUUUCAACGUCUUUCCUGAAUCUAAGAUGGCUGCUGAGUGACGAAAUAGCUAAUCUUGCAAGUAGCGUCAGUAAGAUACUAGGAACCAAUCACCCAAUACUGAAGACGGCAAAGAAUAUUUUGAUAAAAUCAGAUGUACCUUCAUGGGGCCUCAUCAUUCUCCUUCUAUCCAAAGCAAACUGCGUCAAUGCCAGAUUUUCUGAAGGUAAAGAUGGUACCUCUGGUAUCUUGCAUACCCAACGGAUGGUAGCUGAAAUCGUGGAAACCCUAAAGACAGGCAUCUUCUUCCAUAGAUCCCUCCAGCUCAAACAAGAACUACAACAACUCCCACCACAGAUACACCAAGGCAACAAGUUGGCUCUUUUAGUAGGCGAUUAUUUGAUUACCAAAAGUUAUCAGAUUCUGGCAGAAGUCAACAACUCUGAGGUGGAAGAAAUAAUUUCUUCUGCAUUGAGAGAUCUUUGCGAAGAGGAAUUCUUCGGAGAUAGAGAUAAAGAAGAUGAAUGUAUACCUUCCAAGAGAUAUUUACCAGAUGAUGCUCCUCUUACUGUUGAUACUUACCGAUUUGAACCAUACGACCAUAAGAUAUACCUUGGUAGACCAAAAGCUGAAUGGACUAUGAGGAAUUGUCUAGGAGGUGCCUUCUUAUUAGGCAGAGGGUGCUAUGCAGCUGUUAAAUUGAGUGAAACGAGUGAACAUUUUCAAAAUUCAGGCUUCACGUUCGGAGUUAACUUUGCUCUAGCUUUGCAGGCAAGGAAGGAUCUGAAUGCUCUCUCUGAAGAUUCGACUGGUCAACUCGAGAAAGUUUCGGCACCUAUUUUGUUCCAUUUGGAAGGUGAUUCGAGCUUGGACUUGGGGAACAAUGAUACCCUUAUGCUUAGAAGAAAAAUCAGAGAGGGUCCUGGCAUACAAAAAACGAAUGAUAUGUUGGGGGAGUUUUUGAUGAGAGCAGAAAUGUCACUUAUGGAAUUUCCAUCGUGCGAAGCACGACAUGUACUACAUAAUAUGCUUAAAAUAGUUUAA